AUGGACGGCCACUCCGAGCACCCUGGGGACCCCGCGGGGGAAGACGGAGAUGUGGCGGCCGAACCGCCGGAGCCGCGGCCGCGGCCGCAGCCGGGGCCGGGGCCCCUAGAUGCUUCGGCAGGAGGCGUCGCCGAGGAUGAGCCCGCCGAGCCCGCCGAGCCCCGGGAAGGGCCGGCGGCCGCCGAGCUUGGGGGCGAGGCGGAGCCCGGCGAGCCCGAGAGGCCGGCCGAGCCCGAGCCCGAACCCGAGCCCGGGGGGCCGGCGGAGGCCCGGCCUGAGGAGAUGGCCCAGUCGGGGCCCGAAGGCGGGCCCGCGGAACCGGAGGAGCCGGCGGAGUCCGAGGCGGACGAGGGGGACGGGGAAGGGGACGACGAGGAGGGCAGACAGUGGGAAGAGGCCGCGUCGGCUCCGGAGGCUGCGCGGGAGGGGGAGGAGCCGGGCGAGGAGGAGGAGGAGGAGGGGGAGGAGGCGGAGAGCGAGGGACUGGAGGGGAGGGGCGCGGCACAGCUGCGGGAGCGGGCGGCGAGCGCGGACGACGACGACGGGGGCGGCGAAUGGACCGAGGAGGUGCAGAGGCGGCAGGAGCAGCAGCUGCGCGCGGAGCUGCUGCGACAGUACCGGGCGCUGGUGGGGGAGCGCGGCCGCUCUCAGCGCUACAACUCUUACCUGCAGCACAAGAUCUCCGAGGCGCUGCGCAAGAAGAAGGGCCCGGAGGCGGCCGAGGGGGCCGACAAGGGCACGCAGCCCGACGCGCCCGGGAAGGAGCAGGCCUACCUGCGCCACCUGGCGGCGCUGGAGGAGCUGCGGAAGCAGCAGGCCGACGACCUGGACUGGUACCGGCAGGAGCUGGCGCAGCUGAAGCAGGCGGGCCGCGAGCACCUCUCCAGGGUGGAGAAGGAAUGGCGCGCCUUCCAGGCCCUCAAGAAGCAGGUGGUGGUGCAGGCCAUGGGCAGCUGCCGGGCCAGGGGCGGGCGCCAGGCCGCGCUGCGCGAGGUGGAGCAGAUCCAGGAGCUGGAGGAGAAGAAGGAGAAGGAGAUGAGCGCCGUGAGGCUGGAGAAUGUGCAGCUCAAACAGAGCCUGGUGCAUUUCGAGACCCGGAUGAGGGCCCAGGAGGACAUGACGGAGGGUCUGCUGCUCAUCGAUUUCGAGCAGCUGAAGAUCGAGAACCAGACCUUCAAUGAGAAGGUGGAGGAGCGGAACGAGGAGCUGGUAAAACUGCGCAGCAAGUUGACCAACAACGUGCAAGUCAUAACCCACGUGAAGGAGAAGCUGCACUUUGUGGAUAUGGAAAAUGCGUGCAAAAAGUCGCAGCUUUUGGAAAUCGAGGCUCAGGUGGCCCUGAGGAGGGACAUCCUGACCAAGACCAAGCAGGCCCGGGACAGGCUGAGGACUGACAACAUCAAGCUGAAUCAGAAGUGUGGGCUUGUGGGCAAGGAGCCGCUCCUCCGGGACCUGGAAGAGAAGGUGGACAGGACAGUGCGGCUCCAGCAGCAUCUGGAAUCCCUGAAGCGUCACCACGCGGGGCUGACUAUGUCCUGCAAAGGCGUGAGGCAGAAGAUCAGGGAAGCCAAAGCCUUUCUCCCACCUUAACACGCACGACGGUGGGAAGAGCCGGCCGAACGGCUUUCGUGAAAGCAACUCACCCUCGUCCCAGUUUAUUCUAAAUUUGUUGCCAUCUUUAAAGGCCUCUGAUAUUGGGGACGGAGCCAGCUUUUGAAUCAACCUGCUCGUGUUUCAGCUUCCAAAUGAGUCCUGAGAACAAAAUUGAGUCAACAGCUGUACACGGGGCUCGCUAACACAGGCCCCGAGAAACAAACCCCGGGGUGACUCGCGGUACCUAACGUCUCAUAAAAAGCUGUCAAAAGCCUUUCCAUGUCGGAGCAACUCCGUAAUUUCAGUGACCCGAUCCCGGGGACGAUGGUCCCUCUUCCACGUGUAGGAGGGUCCAACAGUCGGGCAGGGGACCAAGGAAUGUCUUGCGCACGACGCUAACGAUUAAAUCCACUUUAAAUCUUUAAAA